AUGAUGAUGGUUGGAGGUAACAAACUUGUCAACCAUGUUCAUGCAACCCCAUCGACUACAUCAGUGCAAGCCAUUCCUUUCGUUUCGCUCAUUCAUGAAGAGAAUCGUCAUCCUUCUUCACUGAUUGAACAAGAGAUUCGUUCCUUUCCACUCUCUUUUGAAAAUAAUUUAAUGAAUGAGUUGAAUCGAUUGCAUUCACUCAUGAAUCGAAGAGAAAUGGUUCAUUCCUUUUCUGUGAAUCUUUUGAAACGUUUGAAUAACAAUGACGAAGAAAUUGGUCCAAUGGUGAAACAAUUGGACGAACCUCGUAGUCAGUUUAUUGUCAAGUUGAGGGAAGUUUCGAAUGAAUCCAAUGAAGAUGCUUCAUCAAAGUUGGAUGCAACUAUUAGAGACACAGAAUGGAUUCAAUCCAUGGUUAUGAAAUCUGGAAAACCUUUGGGAUUUUCAAAUGUCUUUGCAGUAGUGGCCAAAACGUCAGAAAUCAUUUCACAUGUUUCAUCUUUGUCAUCUUCCAACAAAGCCAUUGAUUGGAUUGCUGAAUAUGAACCAAGAUUCAAAAGUGCUUUGAAUUUUCAAAAAAUUCAACAAUUCGCAGAACAUCAAAUGCAUAACUUGAAUGAACUUGGUGAGAAUUUUACUGCUGCCAAUUCUUUGAAUGACAUGGACAACCAUUUGAUUCAUGUCAUUAUUACCAUCCUUCCAUCUCUGGAUGCCAUUCUCGUCAAUCAAGAAGUCGAAGAAGCUCAUCUUAUUGCGAAUGAAUUGAAUUCCAAACUGACAGAAUGGUUAUCCAAACAACAACAACAACAAUGGAAUAACAACAACAAGAAUGAUCAUCCUUCAAUGAUUUCUCCAAUUCAAGUUUCUUCAAAGGAUAAACUGGAAAUGAGUUUCUCUCCACUCGUGGCACAACAAGUGGGUGACAUUUUGAAAGAAAAUUCACAUGUUCAUUUCAUUGAAAGAAAACACAACUUUCAAUUGAAGAAUAAGAAAUCGAGUGUCUUGAUGCAAGGAUUUGGUCCUUCUCCAAGUGUGGGAAUGUCUGCCACUCCAUUCUAUGACAUGGGAAUUUUAGGAAAUGGACAAAUUGUCGCAGUCGCUGAUUCUGGAAUUGAUUGGGACAAUUGCUUAUUUAGAGAUGCAAAUAAUCCCAUUGUGAAAACUAAUACGGUCAAUAUGAAUCAUCGUAAGAUUGUUGGAUAUGACACUGUGACUGUUGGUUCCAUCUCCUCAGAUGGACAAGAUGAAGUGGAUGGACAUGGAACUCACGUUGCUAGUUCAAUUUGUGGAAGUAUUCAAAAUAUGACUUACAAUUCGAAAGCCAAUCCCAUCAAUGAAUAUCAUGGAAUGGCUCCAAAUGCAAGACUUUAUUUUACAGAUUUAGAAAAAACUGGAUUUUCACAAAUAUUGAUGCCAUCUUCGAAGCGAAAUUCCUUAUUUAAACCUGCGUAUAACAGUGGAGCAAGAAUAUUUUCAUAUUCAUUGGCUGUUGGUCCUGAAGAUUUUUUUUCUUGUAGAUACGAUUGCACAGAUUGUAAGUGGACUGUUUCGACAAAUGGACACACUGCCGGUGAGAAAGUGACAGAUGACACUUGUCGAGCAUUGUUUGGAAGCGACUCAUGUUGCACUAUUUUCAAUCGGUAUGAUAGUGAUUGUCAAGAGGUGGAUCAAAUAAUGUGGGAUUAUCAGGAUGGUGUCAUUCUUCUUGCACAGGUAAGAAAUGGAGGAGGAAUGUCUUCGAAAGGAAAUAUUGGAUCUCCUUCAACGGCAAAGAAUUCAAUCGCUGUUGGAGCAAGUAUGACAUCAAACUCUGCAUUCGAGGAAUCAGUCUUUUAUGAAGAUUUUAAAAAUCGCAUUCAAAAAACUGGAUUACCAUUCUCAACUCCUGAUCAAUGUUGUUCUUAUAAUGGAGAAUACCAAGUUAUUAUUCGUAAUUUCUGCUGUCCAAGUCAAAUGAAAACCACAUACACCAGCAAUCCUUCCAUCUACAAUGAAUUCAAUUUGGCUUCCUUCUCAUCACGAGGUCCUGCAGUUGGAAAUCGUAUCAAACCUGAUGUGACAGGAAUUGGUUACAGUGUUGUGAGUGGCCAUUCCGAUGGUAAUACCAACACCAAUCAAUGUGGAACUAAUUCUCCAUCUCUUGGAAAUUCAGCUGCUCUCAUGACCAGUCAAGGAACCUCCAUGUCCACUCCAUUGGUUGCUGGAGCCGCUGCUUUAUUGAGAGAGUUUUUCCAAACCAAAAUGAACAUUUCGAACCCUACAGGUCCUUUAUUGAAAGCUGCUCUCGUUCAUAGCUCCAUUCCCAUGACUGGAACAGUGGCUUAUUCCUUCGAUGAAACACGACGAUUCAAACUCUCAGAGUUGGGUACUCCAAACUCGUAUGAAGGUUUUGGAAGAGUUUAUUUGGGAAGUUUGUUACAAAAUCAAGAUGGAACUCCCUUGAAUAUUCUUGUCCAAGAACAAUCCUUUAAAAACGUUUCAGAAUCUCUCAAGUUAUGUUUCAAGAGAAAAGAUGGAAAUAAGGCCAUUCAAACGUCACCCUUCUUUAAGGCCACUCUUGCUUGGUAUGAUUAUCCAGGAAGUGUUUCAGUGGUGCCUCAACUUUUGAGUGAUUUGGAUUUAUUCAUCAAUACCUAUGUGAGAAGCAGUUCUUCAUCCUCCGAUGUUUCAAAACUCUCAGUGAUUGCUGGCAAUUAUGGUGACCGAGUGGACACAACGAACAAUGUGGAGAGAGUGGUAGUAGAAGAAUUACCUCAUCCAUCUUCCAGCAGUGAUCAUUCGGUCUAUGUGAGUGUGGCGGUCUAUGUGACCAAAAUCUUGAAAUCAAACCAACAACCUUUUGCACUCUUAUUGACCUAUCCGAAAGACAUGUUGGAGAGAGUGGACCCCUCGGACCCUUCAUGUUUCUAUACCACUGAUUUUCCACCCCUAUUAUCAGAGGAAGCGAUAAUUGGAAUUGUCAUUGGAUUGUUGGCAAUAAUGUUGGUGGUGGUUGUGAUGGCAGUGGUGGUGGUUGUGGUUGUGAAACGACGCCGAUCACAAAAAGGGACUCAUGUUGCAACUGGAAGUCAUGCAAGUUCAAGUUAUUAUACUGCAAGAUAG